CGUUUUCUGCGGUACUGCGUCAUCACACGAUUUUUAGAUUUUUUAAAAUAAUAAAAUAAGGAUACUUCAUUGACUACUCGUUCCGGUCAUCACCGCUAGAUGGCGCGGCCGGAUCUGCAAUCAUUCGUUUUCCGUGUGUUGCGUCAGUUCACGCGCACUCCGUAAAAAUUAAAUGUUUUACGGUGAAAUAAAGUGGUUAAGUUGGUUUUUAGUGGUGUGUUUUAGUGAAAAAUGGGAAAAAGAACCAAGGAUAAGACAAAUGAAGAAAUUGAAAGGAAAAUUAGACGCCUGGAAAGGGAAUUAUAUUCACGAAAAACAUGGACGCCCACGCCAAAUUUUCUUCCGAACGAAGAUCGUGACGACUCUUCCUAUAAUUUCCGAGGUGAAGUGGAGCUUGACGUGUACCCUUUCGGCGACGAAAAUGAGACACCUGAGUCUUUACAUACGGUUGCCGAAGUUCAUGCAAAAAAUACAUGCCUUCCUCCUGAAGUUAUGGCGGAAGAUUCGCAACAUAUUCCAGACAACGCAAAAUCAGUGCUAGACUCAGAUAUGAUAACAGAAGAAUCAGUCCCUGAAGAAAUCAUGCAGAUACUUGGUGAGGCUAAGAAAACAGAAGAGAUCUUCGGAAAGAAAAUUCCGCAAGGAGUCUCUGAAAAAUUGGGAAAAAUCUUGGUCGAGGGUCUUGCCAAAGAACAAAAGGAAAUUUUACUUACCCAAAAAUUAAUAAUACCAGAGAAUUUUCAGCUGGUGAAGGCGCCCAAACUAAAUCCAGAAGUGGCUUCAGUACUUACCGACCCAGCUAAAAAUAGAGACAAACGGCUUGAAAAGCUUCAGAACCAAUUAGGUUUGGGUAUAGCGGGUCUAGUUAAUUUGACAACGGAAUUAAUCAAUAAGGAGGUUGAUAAGAUGGCUAUAAUUAAGAAAAUAUCAGAAGUGAAUCAAAUACUUCUUGAUCUCCACUAUGAGGAGACAUUGGGUCGUAGACGAUUAAUUAUUCCUAUGUUGGAUAACAAAUUUAUUAAUAUUAUACAAAGUGUGAAACGCGACCAAUUUCUUUUUGGAGAUAAUUUGGGUGACAAUAUCAAGACGUCUAAAUCCAUUGAAAAAUCAAGUCUUCAGAUCAAAAAACCAGCUCCUCCACAGCCACCUGCCAACCGAAAACCUUUAGCCCAGACGGGAAACUCGCGAGCUCCGGUCCGCCGUGCGAGCGGGCCCAGUGCAGCGCGCGCUCAGCCGCCGACGUCGCGAUAUUACCCCGAGCCGCCGCCGCCCGCCAGGAGGGCCCCGGCCCCGCCGGCGCGCCGCGCUCCGCCGCCACCAGCCCCGAGGCGAUACUCGCAGGACUAUCGCAGCCGCCGUCGCUAGAGAAGAACACCUCACCCGUUAUGGUCAAGCCUUACCCUGGCGUGUGCGAAGUUAUCCGGGAGGCGUUUGGAAGACAAGGGCUAGAUAUAGACACAAUAAACAUUAUGAUUCAAUCCUUAACCAAGAAUACUUUGCAACAGUAUAACUCAACUUAUAAAUUAUGGUUUUCUUUUUGUAAAGACAAUAACUUAGAUUUCUUUGAGGUAAAUGUUCCAACGUUACUAAAAUUUUUGUCACAAGAGUUCAAAAAUGGUGCUAGCUAUAGUUCAUUAAACUGUAUGAGAUCAGCGCUAUCAGUAAUUUUAGGUAAAGGAAUUUGUACAAAUGAUUACAUAGCAAGGUUCCUAAAAGGUGUCUUUAAAAAUAGGCCAAGUUUUCCAAAAUAUAAAAAUACGUGGGAUCCCAAUUCGGUGUUGACAUAUCUUUCUAGUCAAUUUCCUAAUGAAUCAUUACCUUUAGAAAUUAUUACCAAAAAAUUGGUGACUCUGCUCGCGUUAUCCACGGGACAACGUGUUCAGACGUUAUCAUUAAUUAAAUUGUGUAAUGUUAAUAUUAGUGAAACAUGCAUUAAUAUCAUUAUAGACGAGAUACUUAAAUCAUCUGCACCUAACAAAAACAAUCCAAGAUUGCAGAUUCCAUUCUUCAGUGAAAAGCCCUGUAUUUGCCCUGCGAGAGUUCUCUCUGCCUAUAUUCACUUAACAAAAGAUGUGCGAAAUGAGCCAGAUACAGACCGGCUAAUCUUAACAACUAAAAAACCUUUCCAUAACGCCAGCUCUCAGUCCAUAAGUCGCUGGAUAAAGAGCGUACUCAGUGACAGCGGUAUAGAUGUCAGUGUGUUCUCAGCUCACAGCACGCGGCACGCUUCGACGUCAGCGGCGCGCCGAGCUGGUAUCUCCGUUGACGUCAUCAAGCGUUCUGCUGGUUGGUCUGGCUCAUCUCUCUGCUUUGCCAAGUUCUAUAACUUACCAUUGCCAGAUGUUGAUGAAGGCAGAUCUUUCGCUCAAGCUGUUUUUGAUACAAAUUAGUUUUAAUUGUUAUAAGUGAUAAGGUGACAUUAGUUAUAAUGAGUAAAUAUUAAAUUUAAAACCUUGUGAUUUGAAACUGUUUAACUACCUCGUGAUUCGAAACUUUAAUAAUAUAAAUAAAUAUACUUUUGAUUUAUUCAA